UGCUGUACUUAAACAUGGAGGGACAUAUAAUUUUUAGCAUUUUAUUUUACCUAUUUCUAGCUCAAACCGCCUUCAGCAAACCCAUAGAUGUUAGCUCCGAAGAAUCCUCGGAGGAAGUUGAAGCUGUUUUGAAGAAAUUACAAACAAAUGGCACUGAAUCGGAGAAACUUAUUUUAUCGAGAAAGGGAAAUUAUCUUUUAAUACCACAAAAAUUCACCUAUAAUGCAUAUAAUGCCACAAAACAUAUGCUUCAAGAUGAGGCCUUAAAGAUCAAUAAAAAUUCCGAAAUACUGGAGUUUAAAAAGAAUUUCAUCCUGUUUCUGGAUAAAUACGAUCCUGCAGCAAAUCUUCAAGAAACUCAUAAAACUAUGGAAUUCUUUAGGAAUAUCACGGCUCAUUAUUUUGAGCUUUCGGAAGAGAAAAUGACACCAGAAUCUAAAUUUAUCAUUGAUCUCUUAAACAAAUAUCAAAUUAAAGAUGUGGCGAUCGACUUGAAUGAGCUUGAAGCGUUCGUAGAUAAGUGGCGAAUAACUGGUAGUGCAUCGGAAAAACUCGUAAUAUUUACCCUAGACAGUUUAAUUACCAUACCGCAACAGUAUGCUGCUAAUGCUACCAAUGCCACGCAAUAUCUACUUAAAGACGCCUCUUUAAACGGCAACCUUAAACCUGAAAUAGAAGAAUUUAAAAAUAAACUUAAUCUAUAUUUGGAAAAUUAUGAUCCCACCAGCAGUAAUAUUAUAUCGAUUUAUUUUUCAAUGGAAGUUUUUCACAAUAUUAUCGAAUCCUAUUAUCUACUACCCCCUAAACAAGUAACUGAGGAUAAGAAACUUAUCAUUGAUUUAUUAAACAAAUACAAUUGCAAUAAUUAUUCCAUUACACUUAUUGAUCAUAUUGUUAACUUUACAGAGGAAUUCAAAAUACGUUUUGAAGAUUUCAAAAAUGAUCUGAAAGAGCCCCUUUUAGUUUGGUAUGAUAAAUUCAUAAAAUUAACCACUUUCCCUGAGAAGAUGACAGCGAUAGAUGAGCUUAUAAAUCUUGCUCAAGAAAAUCGAAAAUAAAAGUAAUAUUUAUAACAAA